AUGGAAUCUACGGACUCGUUAGCUUAUAACGGAAGCGAAAUAGAGCAGUAUAUAUUUCCUGAAGCGACGGAAGCUCAAUUUGAGGGAAGACAAGCUGCGUAUGAUCACAACAACGUGCAACCUAACUGGAACUAUUCUUCUCAGUUACCACCAUGGUAUGAACAUCAUAGUUCAUCUGCCUAUACUGAUAGAUUUGUCAAACGAAAUAUACCAGCAUCUAGUGCGUCAGAAGAUAUUUUAACUCGCAAAAAUAGCAGCCAUCAAAUUAGUCCAUGUGGAUCAUAUCAAGCUUCUUCGAAUACUGCAUCUGAUCAAUUAUCAGUGGCGGACAAAGUUACUAAUUUUAAGCAAAUAACGCUACAGAAUCAGCAAACAAACGUUCAAAAUAAUGCGCAAUACACCAUACACUCGAAUAUCUCAAGAUCUAGCACACCGUUUCCACCAGUUACUACUUCAUUAAUAGAAACGCUACAGAAUCAGCAAACAAACGUUCAAAAUAAUGCGCAAUACACCAUACACUCGAAUAUCUCAAGAUCUAGCACACCGUUUUCACCAGUUACUACUUCAUUAAUAGAACAGGCGUCAAUGCAACAAUUAUACAAUUCUGUGGACAACAAAAAUAUUAAUUAUAAGAAACCAACAGAGAGAAGACCUAACAAAUAUAGAAUCAAAACCAAAAACGAGUGUACUGUAUCAAACAGUGUGUUGAUUGCUGCUACCUAUGCAUGGAUCCAAAAAUCCAAAAACGAAUAUGUUGUAGAUAAGGGAAAAAAUAAUAACCGGAGACGUAUACGACAAUCAUACACUCGGCACCAACAGUUAGAAUGCGAAAAACAAUUCCACACAUCUCAGUACAUCUCGAAACAAGUUGUCAAAGAAUUAGCUCUUCGUACCGAUUUGUCAGAACGACAAGUUAAGGUCUGGUUCCAAAACAGGCGCAUGAAACAAAAAAGGGAGACAAAGAACUAUCAACAAAGAAAGUAUCAAGAAAUGCAAACUUCAUCAUUAUUACACAACGGGUCUUGGCAAACAGCGCAAAACUUAUCGUCUUCAAAUUCGGAAUCGUCUUCAAUCUUCGAUACAUCAAUUGAAUCAAAUGAAAGUAUAAAUAAUGUUUUCUACAUGCAAUCGCAACAACCCAAUCACGUGCAGACGCAACUGCAUCCGACUGUGUCCAUACAAUCAUCACAAUUUAUGCCAUCGCAAGUACAAACAACCUUCAAUAUGCAACAGAUUACGAAUGAGCAUAAUCCACGAUUAUAUGUGCAACAACAGCAAUAUGUGCAUAGCCAACCGCAAAAUGUUCUAUAUACUCAAUCGCAGCCAGUUGUGCAUACGCAAUCCUCGUUUAUGCAAUUGCAAAUGCCUACAUAUAGACGACAACCGAUUACACAGCAACUGCAACAGCCGUCCACACAUGUAUUAUCGCAAUUGCAAAUGCCUACAUAUAGAUCAUCGCACCCAAUGAUGCAUAUGCUACCACAAGCCAUGAAUGUACAGAUACCACAGUGAGUAUGAUUUCAUACAUGUAUAUUGUAUACGUGUAGAUUCAUCGCUUACAUAUACGCAGUCAUAACCAAUUAUACAACUGAUCGUGCACAUGCAACUAAAGCAACUGGAACACGCGUCAUUGCAGUUGCUAGUCAUAAGAAAUUAGUAAAAGCAAUUGCAACCGAAUAUUCCGAUGCAUAUACAAACAAUGUAAUUUCAGUAAUGCCCAAUUUCUUCACCUCUAGAUAAGUAUCUUCAUCCAACAAGUAACUUUAUCCAAAAGAUAUCGAGAACUCCCUCUCGUCUUAUCGAGAUAUCUCCCUUUCUCUCUCCCCUCCCUCUCUCUCACUCUCUCUUUAUCUGGAAAAUAGCUACUGGGAGGUGUGAAGAAACCGGGCAUAAGACAGAUAAAUAUAAUGCUAAUAACAAAUAUAAUUAAUAUAAGACUACUCAAAACUAUUGUGAUUUCGUGAUGUAACUAUAUGGAUGCAAUUGUUGAAUGUGUUCCAGCUAAUGGCAGAAACAAAGGCCAGCACACAUAAGAAGGACUUGCAAAUUACCUACAUCGAGCUGCGAUAUAUUACUAUUCAUAUUGUAUCGUGUUUUUCUGAAAACUUUAUAUUGAAUCCACAUUGCCGGAGAGAUCGCUUAAGUUGAAAACGCACUUGUAUAUUGAUGCUUUAAAGCUAAGGUUAGCCGAGCUAACUUUAAGAAACGAAGUUAUGGCGAAUCGGCGACAAAGUUGGUCAUGCCAGUCUGUAAAGACGGAAUGCCGCGGCAGCCGAGAUCGGGGCAGCUGACCUUGCAACCACUAUGAUUUAUGGCCGAGCUAAACAGCGAGCAUCCUACAACUCAGGUAUCCAAAAGCUCGGCCGUUCACAUCGCAUUUUCUUCGGAACAUUCUGUUGAUAGCUUCGUAUUUCAAAAGUAAAAUUUGCUCGCAAAUAUUGCAUACGUCAUCGCUAAAAAUAUUUUGACGCAUCUAACAAAUUUUAUGUAAAGUAUGAUUAAUAGCACAUUUGGGUCAGUAUUAUUUUGCUUAUGCUGUCUAAUUCUUUAUUGUUUAUUUUGCAAUCAAUAUUAUGCAAUAUAAUGGGUAACAUAUAUGUAACAUAUAUUUAGCUCGUUUGCGUAUGCUAGUUCUUUAUUGUUUAUUUUGCAAUCAAUAUUAUGCAAUAUAAUGAGUAACAUAUAUGUAACAUAUAUUCGUCCCAUUUGCUUAUGCUAGUUUUUUAUUGUUUAUUUUGCAAUCAAUAUUAUGCAAUACAUAUGUUCCAUCCGUUUUUUAUUCUAUUUAAAAUAAUAUAUUUCUAAAUUAUACAAUAAAACAACAAAUACUUGACCACAUAAUAUUAGAUUUGUGGAAAAUGUUAAAAACAAACUGAUUUAAAAUCUUAUAGCAAGUUCAGAACGUUAGCAUUUAGGGGAUGAACAGAUGAAGUGGGGAGAAUCGUUGUGCAGCUGCGCUGUUCACACGAAACAAGAUGGUCGAAAGUGUACAGCGUGCGUUCAUAAGCAUCCUUCUUUUAAUUUCGUUUUAUAAUAUUUUAAAGUGCUAGCUAUAAUGUGUAACAAACUAUAUUAUAACAUAAAAUAAAAUUUGAAGAUUUUUAAUGUAUUAUUAAGAAAUGAAUCAAUAAUAAUGAUAAUGUAAACCAAUUGUGAUAUCAUACAUGAAGUAACUCCAAUAUGUAGAUGAUAAAAGAUUGAAUGAAAUAGUGUAUUGGAUUUUUAGUGUACAAUAAAAAAAUCUUCAUAAU